GGCCAGUCCGUCCCGAGGCUGCCGCUCAGCUAGGGCCGGUCAGACCGGUUUGGGCCGCCCCGCCUGGCUCCGGGCUGGGAGGAGCCGCCGCCGGUCGGUCCGUCCCUCCCACGGGACACCCGCGCCUACAGACCCAGCGCCGAGGGGGGCUCGGAGCAGUCGGGCGGCCGCGGUGGCUGGACGCCCGCGGGGAUGGGGGGCGAGCGGCAGCAUUACUACGGGAAGCACGGAACACCACAGAAGUAUGACCCUACGUUCAAAGGACCCAUUUACCACAGGGGCUGCACGGACAUCAUUUGCUGUGUGUUCCUUCUCCUGGCCAUUGUGGGCUACGUGGCGGUAGGCAUCAUAGCCUGGACCCAUGGGGACCCUCGGAAGGUGAUCUACCCCACUGACAGCCGAGGAGAGUUCUGCGGGCAGAAGGGCACAAAAAAUGCGAACAAACCCUUCCUGUUCUAUUUCAACAUUGUGAAGUGUGCCAGCCCCUUGGUCCUGCUGGAAUUCCAGUGUCCCACCCCCCAGAUCUGCGUGGAGAAAUGCCCCGACCGUUACCUCACCUACCUGAACGCUCACACAUCCCAGGACUUUGAGUACUACAAGCAGUUCUGUGUGCCUGGCUUCCAGAGCAACAAGGGGGUGGCUGAGGUGCUUCGGGAUGGCGACUGCCCCGCCGUGCUCAUCCCCAGCAAACCCUUGGCCCGGCGAUGCUUCCCAGCCAUCCACGCCCACAAGGGGGUCCUCAUGGUGGGCAAUGAGACGACCUACGAAGACGGGCAUGGCUCUCGAAAGAAUGUCACAGAGCUGGUGGAGGGUGCCAAGAAGGCCAACGGGGUCCUCGAGGCGCGGCAGCUGGCCAUGCGGAUAUUUGAAGAUUACACGGUCUCCUGGUACUGGAUAGUCAUCGGCCUGGUCAUCGCCAUGCUGAUGAGUCUUCUGUUCAUCGUCCUGCUGCGCUUCCUGGCCGGGGUUAUGGUCUGGGUGAUGAUCAUCAUGGUGAUUCUGGUGCUGGGCUACGGGAUAUUUCACUGCUACAUGGAGUACAUGAGACUGCGGGGCGAGUCCGGCUCCGACAUCUCCCUGGUGGACCUUGGCUUCCAGACAGACCUCCGCGUGUAUCUGCACUUGCGGCAGACAUGGAUGGCCUUCAUGGUCAUUCUGAGCAUCCUUGAGGUCGUUAUCAUCUUGCUGCUCAUCUUUCUGCGGAAAAGAAUCCUCAUCGCCAUCGCGCUCAUCAAGGAAGCCAGCAGGGCUGUGGGCUACGUGAUGUGCUCCUUGCUGUACCCACUGGUCACCUUCCUCCUGCUGUGCCUUUGCAUCGCCUACUGGGCUAGCACUGCUGUCUUCCUGUCCACUUCCAAUGAAGCUGUCUAUAAGAUCUUUGAUGACGGCACCUGCCAGUUUGCCGGGAAAACCUGCAACCCUGAGACCUUCGCCUCCUCUAAUGAGUCCCGCCUGUGCCCUGGUGCCCACUGCCAGUUUGCCUUCUACGGGGGUGAGUCGGGCUACCAUCGGGCCCUGCUGGGCCUGCAGAUCUUCAAUGCCUUCAUGUUCUUCUGGCUGGCCAACUUCGUGCUGGCCCUGGGCCAGGUCACGUUAGCUGGGGCCUUCGCCUCCUACUACUGGGCCCUGCACAAGCCCGACGACCUGCCUGCUUUCCCGCUCUUCUCUGCCUUCGGCCGGGCGCUCAGGUACCACACAGGCUCCCUGGCCUUUGGUGCCCUCAUUCUGGCCAUCGUGCAGAUUAUCCGAGUGAUGCUGGAGUACUUGGAUCAGCGCCUGAAAGCUGCCGAGAACAAGUUUGCCAAGUUCCUCAUGACCUGUCUCAAGUGCUGCUUCUGGUGCCUGGAGAAGUUCAUCCGAUUCCUCAACAGGAACGCCUACAUCAUGAUUGCCAUCUACGGCACCAACUUCUGCACCUCGGCCAGGAAUGCCUUCUUCCUGCUCAUGAGAAACAUCAUCAGAGUGGCCGUCCUAGACAAAGUUACCGACUUCCUUUUCCUGUUGGGCAAACUUCUGAUCGUGGGUAGCGUGGGGAUCCUGGCUUUCUUUUUCUUCACCCACCGGAUCAGGAUUGUGCAAGACACAGCACCGCCCCUCAAUUAUUACUGGGUCCCUAUACUGACGGUGAUCAUCGGCUCCUACCUGAUUGCCCAUGGAUUCUUCAGUGUCUAUGGCAUGUGUGUGGACACGUUGUUCCUCUGCUUCUUGGAGGACCUGGAGAGGAAUGAUGGCUCAGCCGAGAGGCCUUACUUCAUGUCUCCCAACCUCAAGAGGCUCUUGAACAAGACCAACAAGAAGCUGGCGGAGUCCUAAAGACCCCCGCUCUCCCCCGCCCCCAUCUCUCCAGAAGUCUCACACUGGGUGCUCGGCGGCUGGGUCCGAACCUCUGGCCCCCGAACCUCUGGCCCCCGGGGCUCACCGGAAGUCCGAUCACUGCCGCCUCCCCCCUACCCCCGCCCAACCGUCCAGUUACAGCUGGAUUCCAGACACGUGGAGGAAUUGGGGCCUCUCCUCCCUGUGCCAAGAGUUUUCACGGCGGUGCCCCGAGACCGCACAGGUCACUCCAGGCCUUAGGAUGGGGAGUAGGCGGUGAGGCCUCUUCAAGUCUGGCAGGCAGGGUGGCCCCGGUCUCUGGGGGCCUGUUCGCCUCUUAGGACAGGGCGGUAUUUGUGUCUGCAAGAGUGAAGCUCCGGCUAAAGUGAGGCCCCCGUUGACUUGUGGCUGCUCUGGCCAGGACCGAGCCCCUUCACGGCUGAACAGCUGUCUCAUGGGCUGCCACGCGCGUUGAUUAUUAUUAUUAUUUUUUUUUAACCUGGACAUGCAUUAAAGGGUCUGUUAGCUUUUUUUCUGUCUCCAUGGCUCAGAUGGGGCCAGCUGAGGCGUGCCUUCUGUCGUCCCUGCCGAGGGUCCCCUCCCUGUGCAGCCUGGCUGGGGUGGGAGUGAUGUGGCCAGGUGGGAGCGGCUCCUGGUACAGGCCACA